AGAGAAAAAGCGAGGAAAAUUUUGGUUAUAUAAAAAAAUGAUUAUUUAAAAUAUUGACAUCAACUUUGUAAGCAAUGAAACAAAAUUAAAUCUAAAAACUAAACAAAAACGUUUAAAGGCAAAUAACAACAGCAUUGUAAGAAUAGUCUGUAAAUAUUCAAUAUGGUGACUCUCGUAUAUGAAUAAAACCUUUAAAUAAGGUUUUAUUCAUAUACGACAAAUUCUAUGUGUUUAAAGAUGAUAAAUUAAAUAAAUAAUAAUCGCAUCAACCAACAUAUUCUUACAGAAAGACGUUUUUCAUUUAGGCGAGGCGUGGGUGUUUGUAGUUCCGUGGAUGACCUGUGAAGGACUACAACUCCCACAGAGGAGGAGGGACGUUCACGUCGGGCGCACGAACUUCGCACAGCAACAGCAGCAGCUGGUGCAGCCGAGGACUCUACUUUGUUAGAGCGGAGCCACCGGAGAGAAAACGGCGGAGCGGAGUCUGUUGGAAAAAGUGCGAGCAGUUCGGGGCGACGGCUCAGUAAAACCCUCGCGGUCGGGAUUUCGCGGCGGCAGCUGCUUCGCGAACUUGUCCGCGGCUUCGAGUCCUGCGUUUUCGCCGGAUCAAAAGCGGCGCUUUGUCAAAGUUGAGCCGCAGAGGAGUUCUCCGGUUCAGGAUGUCGGACUGAGACAAAGGGGUCUGGGGGGCAUUCCCGUCGGAGCGCAGGUAAAACUUGUUUUAUUGAAGUCUCCUCUGGAUGGGAAAGAUGGAGAGGGAGUUGCAGUGGUGGAAAGGACAGCUAGCUGCAGACAUCCAUCAGUCCCUCCGCAUCAAGGAGCUGAAGUUGCCCAUUUACCGGGCCCACUCUCCACAAAUUGGCAUGCGGCGCUACUUCGCGGACCUGUUGGCCAUCCUCAGUAACCGCUACCAGCUCUGCCCGACGGCGCGCCACCUGGCCGUGUACCUGCUGGACUUGUUUAUGGACCACUACGACGUGGCAGUCAAGCAGCUAUACGUCAUUGCCCUUUCCUGUCUGCUUCUUGCCAGUAAAUUUGAGGAGAAGGAGGACCGGGUCCCCAAACUGGAGCAGCUCAACUCUCUGGGCUUCAUGUGCAGCCUGAACCUGGUCCUCAACAAGCGGGAUCUAAUCAAAAUGGAGCUUCUGUUGCUGGAGACCUUUAACUGGAACCUAUGCAUGCCCACGCCUGCCCACUUUAUUGACUACUACCUCCACGCCUCGGUGCAGGAGGGUGACCUGUACAACGGCUGGCCCCUGUCCUCGCUCUCCAAGACCAAGGCUUUCAUGGAGAAAUACACCCACUACUUCCUGGAGGUGUCACUUCAAGACCACGCCUUCCUGAGCUUCCGACCGUCCCAGGUUGCUGCUGCGUGUGUGGCCGCGUCUCGCAUUUGCCUUCAGAUCUCCCCGAGCUGGACGACGGCCCUGCACCUGCUCACCGGCUACACCUGGGACCACCUCACCCAGUGCAUCGAACUCAUGCUGCUUGCUCAUGACAAUGACGUUAAGGAGGCCAACAAAACCAAAUCCACCCCUCCUCACCGACCCUCCUCCAUACAGUCCCAGCCCCAGACCUCCCACCUCUCCCCCGUCUCGGCUAUCCAGCGUCCGGCCUCCUCCUCCUCCUCCACCUCCUCCUCCUCCACGCCACAGCUGCUCUUUCAGCCCGACGGCUUUCCGCACCUCUCCCAGCACUCCCCAUCUCUGUCCCAGCUGCAGCUGCUGGCGGACUCCCAGGCUCUGGGGCCCGUCGUGAGCGUGUCUCAGGACUUCCUCCCGGGCCACAGGAUGGGCCUGCUGACGGCGGACCCGUCCAUGACCCCGUCCGGCGGCUUCCCCUCCUACCCGGGUCUGACCUCCGGCCUGCAGCCGGGGGCGCGCGCGGUGCCGCUGCAGGGCCCGAUCUCCGUGCAGAUGGCCCUCGCCGGGGAGCCCCGCCACUGCCUGAGCGUGGCCUACGGCGGGGGCUACCUGGGCGCCCACCACACGUUCGCGGCCGGCUGCUUCGACAGGUGACGCCAGGAGACGGAGAGGGAGCGCCGGGCCCUGCGGGAGCGCGCGGCCGCGCUGCCCGCCCUCCCCGCCCGCAAACACCCCCUCACGGACCUGCUCUCUCUCUCCGUCAGCGCGGCGACACCUUCGGCGUCCCCGGAUGCCCCGCCCCCGUCCCAGAGGCGCCUCAAACGCAAGCAGAGGUCCAAAGGCAGAAGUGACCCGGUGGAAGUCAUCACAUUGACGUGACAAAUGCUCCACUGACUCAUGAAACGCUGAGAUGCUGGAAAAAAAGAAAUGGAUGUCAUACUCUAAGCUGUUUUUGUUAUUAUAAGACUGCCAUCACUGUGAAUGAGAUGAAAGCAGCCGCGUGAUCCGACACCCACCUCAUUCAGUGCCUGUUUUCAGUUGCGUGAUAGCUGAGCCAAUUUUAGAAGUGUACAGAACACAAAGUAUCUGUGAUAAGGAUAUCUUGCUGCUUGACAUACUUUUUUAAAAUGUCUAAUCCAAAAAAAAAAAACGAGAGCGUCACAUUGACUGAUAUUGUUUCUUGUUUCGCUAUGUGAGUGAGAGAAAAGGAAAAAAGAGCGACUCGGCAGAAAACAAAGAAGCUGUGUGAGGUGGUGCAGUUGUUGUGUUGCGUUUCCUGAAUGUCAGCUGGCUUUGAUCCAAGGCCAGUGGCGUUUAGGCGAAGGGCCUCUGUGGAAAUUCCUCACCACAUAAGACCUCAGCUGAGACGAGUAAUCUCCUGUUUUGUUGGCAGCAGGUGAAUCCUCCGCUGGAUCACACCUGUAGCGUCUUUUAUUAGUUCUUCUUCUGUGUUUCGUCUUUGCUCCCUUCUCCAAAGUUGAGCCUCGUGGCAGAGUUGCCGCGAUCGGGCGAAAUCGUGGCUCUCCGCCGUCCGGGGCUCGAGUUUUAAUUUCUCCAACACCACUCAAAGAGUUGAACACGGACUGAUGUGACUGGACCGGCGUGGUGACGGAGACGCGGGCGUUGGUUGUGUAAUGUACAUAUGAACUUGCUGCUGCCUUGUUAAGAACUCUUGGUUCUGUGUCUGUGUUACUCUAAUGUUUACAUGAACCACUAAGUAUCAGGGACUUGAAGAUUACUUGAAUAUGAUGCCAUUGAAACAUGCCAUAUCUUUUAUUUAUGUUCGCUCGUUUAUUUUCUUUGUAUAGUUUAGCUUUUUUUUUAAACCAACUUAGACACGUACACCAUUGAUUGAUAUUUGUACCUGUUCAUAAAAACUGUAAGCUGUAAAUCUCAGGUUCUAAGGCCGGUGCUGGUGGCCUUCCCAUUAUUCUGUGCUAUUAUGCUUUAAAGUGGGUGCUAAUGGAGCAUCUGUGGGGUCUGAAAUAACCCCAUCUUCAUCACUGGACCAUGCUCUGCUCGCAGCCUAGUAACUGGAUGCAUGAAGCGGUCUGUUUGCGUCAUCGUGAGCGACCUUGUGGUGACUAGUUUUACACAUCUGUAGCCAGUUGCUUGUAAUUGCUUCCAAGAUUUCUAAGGCUGCAAUCUUCACUUCCUCUUAAAGUUUAAACGCAUCCAGAUUCCCAGUGCCAGUCUCCUACUGGUUACCAUUGUAAUAUCUACAAUGAUCAGGAUGCUGCUGACUGAAUUGGGGCAACAUUGAACAAUUGUCUGUAUUAAUGAUUAGUCUGUUGACUAUUUAAUUGUGUUGAGGAUUAGAAAUAUAUCCAUUAUCUACUUAAAGUGUGUACUUUAUGAUAUUCAAGGUUUAGAGAUUGCAAAUUUUUCCUUGAAGAUUAGGAAAACAUGAUUUUAUACAAACAGAGUUCAGUAAUUGUUGGACUGAAGUGAAACCAGCGACUGAAGCUCAAACACGAUGCACUGGUUUCACAUUUUACUCAAACUAGUCUACUUUACACUGUUCUGCUGAGAACUCUGGACAUUGUAUGACGUCACUGCCUCGUACUCAGCAGCUUCACCCCAAACACUACAUAAAAAGAAAACUAAUAUAAUCACGAGUCACCAAAUGUUAUGGAGCAGUUUCCUUCUCCAACGGCAACACUAUGCCUUUUGUUUUGCUAACGUUUAUGUACAGUUUUAUUUUCUACGGUUUCCUUUUAAAAUACAUUUUUAGUUGAGGAUUCUUGUGAGUCACCAGAUGAAUGCUGGUUGUGUGAGCUAAAUAUGUUUUUCUUAGAGUUCAUCUAGUUUUUUUUAAAUUUUUUUUACUCAGAUCAUGAGCAACUUCUCACUGAGGUGUAAAAGGUGCAAUACGUAGUUUGUUUCUGUCUGAACUGACCACAGCCCUCACUGUCUUGUGUAUACCACUGGUUCAUCCUCUUUGUAACUUAUUUUUGAAGCUGUGGGAUUUGACUUGCUGUAGCUGCGUCGCCUCUAGAGGGCAGUGGGAUCUGAACACGAGUAUGUUGCAUAUUGCAGCCACCUCAUUUUGAUAGAUGUAACUGAAUGCCUUUCGUCUUUUAGCUAGAGUUUUACAGGGCAUUUGAAAAGAUGCUGAUGUCACUCUCACCAAACAACACUUGUCUAAAGUCAUGGUAAAAAACCGACAACGCAAACGUCCAAUUUAUAUUUUUUAUAUUCUUUUGUACCGAUCUGUAGUUAAGUGACACUGAAUGAUAAAGAUAAUAAUUAUCAUUAUAUGUCAUGAAAUAAUAAACACCCAAGUGAACUGAG